AUGAGCAGCGGCAAGUACGUGCCCCCCAGUCUGCGGGGAGCCUCUGCGGCUGGCGCGGAGCCGUCGUCUUCCUCGGGUGUCUCAGGUCCCUACGGCGCGGCAGGUCCGGCGGUCUCUUCGGGCGCGUACGGCUCUUCGCCGCAGGCCUCGCUGGCCAGCGGCGGCGCCUCGCCGGGAGGAGACGACUCCUCGCCCCAGGGCGUGAGCCCGAACCAGCGCAGGACCGCGGCGCAGGUGCUCGCCGGCUCGACAGCCAGCGGCGCCCGCCGACCCUUCAAGGCCAACUACCCCCUUCGGGUUGUCGAGGUCGACAGUCUCGUCCUCAUGAAGGUGUUGAAGCACUGCAGAGAAAACUACCCGACGCCCGUCAAUGGCCAGCUGCUUGGCAUCGACUGCAAGGACCGCCUCGAAGUGACCAACUGCUUCCCGCUGCCUCAGAAGAAGGACAUCAUGGCGCAGGUGCAGCGCGAGAAGGGCAUCAGCGAGAAGGACCUGGAGGAGCGGAUCGACGAAGAGUUUGACAAGUACCAGGACAAGAUGGCUGAGCUGAUGCACGACGUGAACGUGGACUGCUUCACCGUCGGCUGGUACCAGACGCUGUCCUUCGGCGACUUGAAGAACAAAGACAUCAUCGACUCCCUCGUCCUCUACCAGGAGGCCAUCGACAAAGCCAUUGUGCUCGGCUUCGACCCCAUGCUCAACUCCAUGGCCAAGAAGGCGUUCAAGGCUUACCGCGUCAACCCCGACUUCGUGCAGAAAUACCAAGAAUUCGAAGGCGACGUCUCCAAAUACAACAAGCUGCGCGCCAAGGACAUCCUUAUUGAGGUCCCUCUGGUCGUGGUGAACCCGUUCUUGGUUGAGGCCUUCUUGAUGGACUGGGCUGUGCACGAUCCUCUUCAAAACCAGACGGACUUUGACAGCUUGGAGCUGGAUCAGAGUGCCUACAUGGAGAAGAACCUGUCUCUUCUCUCGCUGUCGCUUGAAGCCCUGGGAGACGAACAGGACAAGCUCCAGAGGUACCAGCGCGAGUCGCUGAAGCAGCAGCAGCUGCAGAAGCAGCUCAUGGAGAGACGACGCCUGGAGAACGAACAGCGCCGCCUCCGCGGCGAGCCGCUGCUGCCGGUCGAUAUGGACGGACCUGCCUUCCGCAAGAUCGAGCCGCCUUCUCAGUUGAACACUCUUCUCAUGAGCAGCCAGGCGCAGCUGCAGUGUGAGGACGUCAACGCUGCAUGCAGCGAGACCCUCGGCAAGAUGUUCCUUUUGCACUGGGGUAACCUCAAAAAGAAGCAAACGCCUGCUGGCCUCAGCGCCGCUGUUGCUGCCGCUGCUGCUGACGCGAAAUAA